CUUUCCAUCCCCACCGCAUUGCACCAUUCUUGCACCUACAAACACCCUCGCUCCUGCGGCGUGGUCCAGAGGCGUGUACAGCAUGAACGCCUAGUCUUGCUCGCCUCGUGUGCGUCCCUAAUUGUGCUCUUGACGGCCAUUGGGCGGGUGAGAAUACCCCAACCAGAAUCUGAGGCAUUGCCGCUUCCAAUCAUGGACCCUCCUGCGCCCAUUGAGACCUCGCGUGCGGAUGCGAUGCUGGCAGUCGACGAGAAUGGGACACUGUCCCCUCCAGGCCGUCGAGAGAUCUACACUCCUCCUCCGCAGAAAGACGAUACAGAUGUCGUCCGCAUGGCCCCAGAGCUCAACGAUCCUAUCACUAGUGUAUACGAACCUCCGUCUCUUCAAACGCCAUCCACUGUCCGGACGAGCUCCAAAGGUCGGCACGAAAAGUCUCCCCCAAGCAGCCGGGAUUCACUGGCAGGAUGGCUGCGGCAAGGCAUGGUCGAUCACCAACUCGGCCUAUCGAUGAACCUCAUCCUCCUGAUCGGCUUCAGCUGGCUCCUAUUUCCCACUCUGCGCGGACGCAUGGCUGCGUUCUACUCCCUCGCCUACCCCAUUGGGCAGGGAGACUUCGGACAGGGCCCUAGAGACUUGCAGCUCGUUGGCGCUCUCGUCGUCAUCUUCACUGGCAUCCGCGCGUUCGCCCUCGACUACAUCCUCAUCCCUCUCGCUUCGCUUCUUGGAGUCAGGCGACGGAAGCCAAGAGUGCGGUUUGCCGAGCAGAGCUACUUGCUGUUGUACUAUUGCAUUUACUGGACUUGGGGCCUUCAGAUCUUCAUGAAGGCCACUCCCUCCUCCCUCGCAGAACCGGCACUCACCCUCGAGAAUCUCCUCAUCUCUCUGUGGACUGGAUACCCACUCCUCCGCCUGGACGCAAGUAUGAAGCUGUAUUAUCUCAGUCAGCUGGCUUUCUGGGUCCAGCAGAUCCUUGUCAUCCACAUAGAGGAGAAGAGGAAGGACCACUAUCAAAUGUUGACUCACCACGUCGUUACGAUCGCACUUCUCUCCACCAGCUACGGAUACCGACAGUGUCGAGUGGGCAAUGCCGUGUUGAUCUGCAUGGAUAUCGUGGAUCUGAUCUUUCCACUCGCCAAGAUUCUACGAUACCUGGGACUGCAAGCAGCGUGCGAUGCAGCCUUUGCCCUCUUCGUCGUCACAUGGCUCGCUGCGCGACAUGCGGCAUAUUUGACGAUCUGUUGGAGCAUCUACGCUCACGUAAACGAAGAUGCCAUGUCGUACGGUACAUACUCACUACGGCAGUCGACGGAGACUGGCCGAGCUUCCGGGGUCAGGCUUUCAGCGGACGGCGGACGGGAGGUCUUUUCAAACGUCUUCCAGCCUUUCCUCGAUCCGACCGCAGAGACGGUGUCGUUCAACGCACGCAUUCGGUGGACCUUCCUGGGGCUGUUACUCGGGCUGCAAUGCAUUACGCUCAUGUGGUUCGUCAUGAUCUGCCGCGUAGUCGCUCGAGUGCUGCGCGGAGAAGGCGCCGAUGAUUCACGAUCGGACGAUGAAGAAGAUGUCGAGACGGGACCUCAGCCGACUCAGCCAACGUCGAGCUCCGUUGCGGCGAAGAGCAAGCCUUUUAUCGAAGUGGAAGCGACCGCGGACCAACUCUCCUUUGGACAGGGGAGAAGGACGGGCGCGGAGCAAGUGAGCAAAAGGCGGAGCAAAGGCUUCUCAUCUGGCCUGAAUCUCGGUGAUAGGAAGGAAAUUCUCAACCGGAUUGGCUGCUUGAGCGACGAACAGUUGGCACGAGAGCGUGAGAAGCGUGAAAGUAGCUCGAGCGGGCGAUAACGCCGGCAUUGCUUCUUGGUGAUCCUUGAGCAAGCGGCACAGUGAACUUCGAGCAGAUUCACAUCACUUGACGAUGAAAUGGGAAGUGGCGGCGGCGAAGUGCGGAUGCAUCAGAGCGAGAAAAAGAUAUUCUCAAUGCCCAUUCCACCUCAUCACAUGUCUUAAAUCAAGUCGUCCAAGAUUACAGGG